AUGGAAUCAAAGAAAAAUGAAACGGAUAAACUUUUUGUCGAAGAAGUGCCUAAAGCAAAAGUGAGCUUAGAAGUAAUUUUGAUCCAGGCUAUCGGUCAGUUUGGGGGGUAUCAGUUGCGCAUGCUAGUAUUAGCAGCUGUAUUAGCUAUAUUUACGGCGUUUUCUUCCAUGGAAUACGUGUUUUCUACAGCGAGGAUAAAUACCAGAUGUUUAAUUCCGGAGUGCGAGAGUUCAGAAGCCGCAGAUUUUAAACCUCCAUGGAUCUUAAAUGCCGUGCCAACAAGGGACGGCUCCUUCGACAGCUGCCUGCGAUUCAAACCUGACAAUAAGACUGCUAAGAGUGGGACGUGUAUUGCUGAGUGGUUCGAUCACAACGAAACAAUCAGCUGCUCUGCUUACAUCUACGAAAACAAAAAUACUAUUGUAUAUGAUUAUGGAUUAGCAUGCGAUGAAUGGCGCCGCACCGUCAUCGGGGCUGUGCACACGUUCGGCGGCCUGUUGGCUCUGCCCAUCACGGGCUACGUGUCCGACCGCUGGGGCCGCCGCGUCGCGCUUGUCAUCAACGCGGCAAACACUGCGUGGCUGGGCGUCGUGCGCUACUUGUGUAGCGGCUACUACGUGUUCCUGCUUACGGAGAUCCUCAAGUCCACGUUGGGAGGCGGUGUUUACUCUUGCGCAUAUAUCUUAGUUAUGGAAUUAGUGGGACCCAAAUACCGAGUAGCGGCAGGAGCUGCUUUGAGUACAUGUAUUUCAUCGGGACAUUUCCUAUUAGGUGCCCUUGCAUGGGCGGUACCCGAUUGGAGGCAUUUGAUCCUUACCAUUUAUAUCCCACAUUUCUUAUUUAUAUCAUACUACUGGAUCAUGUCAGAAUCAGUACGUUGGAAUAUGAGCAAGGGACGGUAUAAGGAAGUUGAAAGUUUUCUUAAAAGGGUAGCUCGAGUAAAUAAAAGGGAGCUAUCGGAGAAAUUGCUGCAAGAAUUGAAAGAAAGUGUUGAUACAAAAGAACAAUUGAAAACAUUUGAAGACAAACAUAAAGAGAAAGAACCUUGGCUAAUAGUAUUAGUAUUUCGGAAUAAAGAAAUCCUUAAACGGUGCUGUAUAUCACCUGUAUGGUGGGUAACCUUCACCCUUAUUUAUUACGGCUUGAGUAUCAACUCUGUUAACAUGGCGGGUAAUCGGUACCUGAACUUGAUGGUGGUAGCUGCGUCAGAAAUACCGGGAUACUGGCUAGCAUUGCUAUUGAUGGAUAGAAUCGGUAGGAAGCCAGUGCUGAUUGGUGCUUUUUGGACCUGCGCUGCCUGCCAACUGGCUUACAUAUUCCUCUCCAACAAUAUGUACGCCGCUUCCUUAUCCGUGUAUCUCAUCGGCAAGUUCACUAUAGCGAUAGUGAUGAUGUCGCUGUACAUCUACACGGCGGAGAUCUUCCCCACCAGAUACAGACACAGUUUAAUGGCCUUCUCAUCUAUGAUAGGCAGGAUUGGAUCUGUUGUAGCACCGCUAACACCAGCAUUUGGGGCUUCAAUUUGGCAUCACUUUCCAUCAGCGUUGUUCUGUGGGUUCGCACUGCUGGCUGGUGCGCUGGUGUUCCUUGCGCCGGAGACCCUCGGCACCAAGCUGCCUGACACCAUGGAAGAAGCUGCCGUGAUUGGAGUUAAGAGAGAAAAGCAGAGAGACGAAGAGCGUAUUGAUCUGUGA